CUGAUUUCAUCAGUUGACCCACAGUUUCUGAAACUCACCAAAGUGGAUGACCAAAUCUAUUCUGGGUUUCAGGAAAAUUUUAAGAAUCUCAGGAUAGAUAUACUGGAUCCAGAAGAACUCAAAUCAGAAACAGCUAAAGAGAAGUGGAGGCCAUUCUCCUUGAAGUUCGAUGGGAUUGUGGAAGACUUCAACUAUGGUCCUUUGCUGCGACUGAACUGUUCACAGGGCUACACUGAAGAAAACACCAUCUUUGCACCCAGGAUACAAUUUUUUGCCAUUGAAAUUGCUCGGAAUCAAGAAGGUUAUAACAAAGCAGUUUAUACUGGUAUUAAGGACAAAGAAGAGAAAGAAGCCAGCAAUGGAGGAGACAAAGGAGCCAACAGCAGAGAAGAAGAAAAAGGAACCAACAGAGAAGGAGAAAAAAAGAAAGAAGCCUACAAAGAAAUCAACAAAAGUAGUGAAACAACUAUGUGA